AUGACAUUAGCAUACUCAGCAUAUGCGCCAGCACCGACGACGUAUGCUGGCGGAUACGCUGCAGCUAGCGCGCUAGCGUACCUACUGUCGCCGCCAACAGCAUACCCACCACCAUCACCGCCUUCGCUAGCAACAUACCCACCACUACCACCGCCUCCGCUAGCAGCAUACCCACCGUCACCACCGUCGUCAGCGUACUAUCCGGUGUAUUUGCCACAUUAUCGUUACUUAGAAUUAGCAUCAUGUUGCGUCGAAGGAACCCGUACGGGGCCGGUGAGGCCGAGGAAAUCCCCGGCGCCAGCGUGGGCGGCAACGGUGGGUGCCACGUCAUCCGGAGUGGGACCAGGCGCAGGCGCGGCGCCAGGAGCGCAGAGUGAACCGAGCGCAAAGGCGCGACCAGCACCGACGGCUCUUCCGGAGGCAGAAGAAGGUGCAGGUUAUGCAACGUGA